CUUGGCGGCUAGGAUUUAGUAGGAGAGAGAGAUGAUGAUAUUUUUUCUUCACAAAACUUGGAGAAAGAAUUGAAUCUUCAUCGACUUUGAAUUUCUGGGCUAAAGAGAAAUCGAAUCGAAUGGACGAGAUGAAAAGAAAGAUGGAUGAUUUCGAUUUGGAGCUAUCGACGAUAGUAGGGUUAGAGGAGCUCAAGGCGCAGCUUCGGAAAUGGAGCAAGGGCAUGAUCAUGGACGAGAAGCGCCGCGCCAUAGGUGUAGACCUUGGCCAAAAAAAACUCCCCCACAUGGCGUUUCUAGGAAACCCCGGCACCGGCAAGACUACCGUUGCAAGAAUCCUAGGAAAAUUGCUCUCUUCUAUAGGGAUUCUGUCUUCCGACAAAGUAACCGAGGUGCAACGGACGGAUUUGGUCGGCCAAUAUAUCGGCCACACUGGCCUAAAGACUAGGGAUAAGAUUAAAGAGGCAAAGGGCGGGAUUUUGUUCGUAGACGAAGCAUACCGUCUAGCACCAAUAACUUCGGGCAAGCACGUUGAAUACGGGGUGGAGGCUUUGGAGGAGAUAAUGUCAGCUAUGGAGGAGGACGAUGAUCUCCUGGUGAUCUUCGCGGGCUACCCGGAGCCCAUGAAGCGCAUCUUCUCUUCCAACGAGGGCUUCUGCAGGCGCGUGGCGUGCUACUUCCACUUCGACAAUUUCAGCUGCAGGGAGCUCGCGGAGAUGCUGACGAUCAAGAUGAGCACGCGGGAAAGGAGGAGCCGGCUGUUCGGGUUUAGGCUCGGUCCGUGCUGCAGCGUGGAAGUGGUUGCUUCGGUUAUAGAGAGGAGGACGAGCGAGAAGGUGAGGAAUAAGAUGAAUGGGGGUUUGGUGGAUCAUAUGCUCAACAAUGCGAAGGAUAAUCUCGACUCGAGGCUCGACUUUGAGGCCGGUGGCGACGAGCUAUUCACCAUCACGCUGCCGGAUUUGGAGGCCGGACUCGACCAGUUGGCCCGGUUGGACCUUGAUUAGGGAGACUAGGCAAAUUAGGUUGGAACUUUGUUUCGG